AUGGCGGACACGCCGUCGCCGUCGCCGAAGGCGGCCGCCGCUGCGGAACCGGGGUCCACGUCGACGCCGCUGCUGCGGCGGCGGGGCUCGUACGCGCGGUCCAUGUCGCACGCGCGCGACGAGCUCAGCAGCUUCCGCUCCGGCCUGCGGUGGAUGUGCAUCGACCACUCGGACGCCGGCGCCAGCCCCGCGGUCUCCUGGCUCGUCUUCGCCGCGCUCGGCGUGGCCGUACCGGCCGCCGCGCACGCGGCCACGCCGCGGCGCGCCUACGACACGCAGGUGCAGGUGUCGCUCACGCUCUCCGCCGCGCUCGCCUACGCCACCCUCUACUCCCUCGUCCGGCGCCGCGGCCUGCGCCGGCUGCUCUACCUGGACCGCCUCCGCCACGACUCCCAGGACGUCCGCGCCGGGUACAUCGUCCAGCUCGCCGGGUCCUUCCGCCUCCUCGCCUGCUUCGUGCUCCCCUGCUUCCUGGCCGACGCCGCGUACAAGGUCUUCUGGUACUGCGCCAACGCCCCCUUCCCGCUCUGGUGGUCGGCCGCGGCGUGCGCGCUGGAGAUGGCGUCGUGGAUGUACCGCACCGCUAUGUUCUUCAUGGCGUGCGUGCUGUUCCGCACCAUCUGCUACCUGCAGAUCCUUCGCAUGACGGGGUUCGCGCGGGACUUCGGCCAGUGCGCCGACGUCGCCGCCGUGCUGAGGCAGCACCGACGCAUACGCGUCCAGCUGCAGCGGAUCAGCCACCGCUACCGAAGGUUCAUACUCUACUCCCUCAUCCUCGUCACCGCCAGCCAGUUCACUGCGCUUCUCGCCGCCACCAGACCCCACGCGCAAGUCAACUUCGCCACCGCCGGCGAGCUCGCGCUCUGCUCCGUGAGCCUCGUCACGGGCCUGCUCGUCUGCCUCCACAGCGCGGCCAAGAUCACGCACAAGACGCAGGCGAUCACCAGCGUCGCCGCGGCGUGGCACGCCGACGCCACCAUCAACAGCCUGGACCGUGACCAGGAGAACCCCAGGACGCCCAGCAAGGCGUGCCUGCAGCAGCACGCGCCCACGAGCCCCUUCCCGAUGGCGAACGCGUCGUCCGGCGAAGAGUCCGACGACGACGAGUGGCGGAGCGAGGACAGCGUGGACACCUCAAGGUUCACGUCUUUCCACGCCACCAACGUCUCCUUCCAGAAGAGGCAGGCGCUAGUGACGUACUUGGAGAACAACCGGGCGGGGAUCACGGUGUUCGGUUUCGUCGUCGACCGGACAUGGCUGCACGCGCUGUUUAUGAUCGAGUUCUCGCUGGUAAUGUGGCUGCUAGGGAAGACGAUCGGCAUAUCUUGA